AUCUCAUUGGCCAAAGGUUCAGAGAGAGAAAGAAGCAGAAGACCAUGAAGGUUUUGCUCUUCCUCGCCCUGCUGGGGCUGCUGGCUGUGGGCCACUGUAGACACAUCAGCCAUGCUUUGGCACGGCGCAGCGCUGAUAGUGACAGCGAUGAGUGGAACGGAAAUGGCGGUGACAGUGAUGACAACAAUGGGUACGGAUACGGCAGCAGAUACGGCAAUGGUUACGGGUACGGCAAUGGCUACGGCAACGGCUAUGGCUACGGCAACGGCUAUGGCCACGGCCACGGCUAUGGCUACGACAAUGGCUACAACAACGGGUACGGCAACGGGUACGGCAACGGGUACGGCAACGGGUACGGCAACGGAUACGGCAAUGGGUACGGUGAUGACAGCAGCGACAGUGAAGACAACGGCUACGGUGACGACAGCGGAGACAGUGACAGCAACGAGCCCAAUGGGAAUGGGGCUGCAAAUGGACAUGGCAAUGGAGUCGGAAACGGAGACUGGAAUGGAAAUGGGUACGGUGCUGGGACCGGCCACGGGAACGGCAACGGCAACGGCAACGGAGACUGGAACGGGAACGGAAACGGGAACGGAGACUGGAACGGGAACGGAGACUGGAACGGGAACGGAAACGGGAACGGAGACUGGAACGGGAACGGAGACUGGAACGGGAACGGAAACGGGAACGGAGACUGGAACGGGAACGGACACGACAAUGGGAACGGGCACGGAAACGGGAACGGAGACUGGAACGGGAACGGACACGACAAUGGGAACGGGCACGGAAACGGAGACGGCAACGGGCACGGAAACGGAGGCGGGAACGGACACGGAAACGGAAUCGAGAAUGGAGCUGCCAACGGAAUUAUGAACGGAAACGGAAAAGGCAAUGGGAACGGAGGCACUGGAGAGGCUGAUUCUAGUGAUUCCAGUGAUAGCAGCGAUUCCAGUGAUAGCAGCGAUUCCAGUGACUCCAGUGACUCCAGUGAUUCCAGCGACAGCAGUGAUUCUGACGACUCCAGUGAUAGCAGUGAUUCGAGUGACAGCAGUGACUCUGAUGACUCCAGUGAUAGCAGCGAUUCCAGUGACUCCAGUGAUUCCAGUGACAGCAGUGACUCUGAUGACUCCAGUGACAGCAGUGAUUCUGGCGACUCAAGUGACAGCAGUGACUCUGAUGACUCCAGUGACAGCAGUGAUUCUGGCGACUCAAGUGACAGCAGUGACUCUGAUGACUCCAGUGAUAGCAGCGAUUCCAGUGACUCCAGUGAUUCCAGUGACAGCAGUGACUCUGAUGACUCCAGUGACAGCAGUGAUUCUGGUGACUCAAGUGAUAGCAGUGACUCUGAUGACUCCAGCGAUAGCAGUGACUCUGAUGACUCCAGUGAUAGCAGUGAUUCUGGCGACUCAAGUGAUAGCAGUGAUUCGGAUGACUCCAGUGAUUCUGGUGAUAGUAGUGACUCCAGUGACAGCAGUGACUCCAGUGAUUCCAGCGACUCUAGUGAUUCUGAUGACAGCAGUGAUUCCAGUGACAGCAAAGAUUCAAGUGAAUCCGGUGACUCAAGUGAAAGCAGUGACUCAAGUGAUUCAAGUGACUCAAAUGGUUCCAGUGACUCCAGCGAUAGCAGUGAAUCUGAUUCCAGUGAUUCCAGUGAUUCCAGUGACUCCAGUGACUCCAGUGACUCCAGUGACAAGGCUGAUUCUAGUGAUUCCAGUGAUAGCAGCGAUUCCAGUGAUAGCAGCGAUUCCAGUGACUCCAGUGACUCCAGUGAUUCCAGCGACAGCAGUGAUUCUGACGACUCCAGUGAUAGCAGUGAUUCGAGUGACAGCAGUGACUCUGAUGACUCCAGUGAUAGCAGCGAUUCCAGUGACUCCAGUGAUUCCAGUGACAGCAGUGACUCUGAUGACUCCAGUGACAGCAGUGAUUCUGGCGACUCAAGUGACAGCAGUGACUCUGAUGACUCCAGUGACAGCAGUGAUUCUGGCGACUCAAGUGACAGCAGUGACUCUGAUGACUCCAGUGAUAGCAGCGAUUCCAGUGACUCCAGUGAUUCCAGUGACAGCAGUGACUCUGAUGACUCCAGUGACAGCAGUGAUUCUGGUGACUCAAGUGAUAGCAGUGACUCUGAUGACUCCAGCGAUAGCAGUGACUCUGAUGACUCCAGUGAUAGCAGUGAUUCUGGCGACUCAAGUGAUAGCAGUGAUUCGGAUGACUCCAGUGAUUCUGGUGAUAGUAGUGACUCCAGUGACAGCAGUGACUCCAGUGAUUCCAGCGACUCUAGUGAUUCUGAUGACAGCAGUGAUUCCAGUGACAGCAAAGAUUCAAGUGAAUCCGGUGACUCAAGUGAAAGCAGUGACUCAAGUGAUUCAAGUGACUCAAAUGGUUCCAGUGACUCCAGCGAUAGCAGUGAAUCUGAUUCCAGUGAUUCCAGUGAUUCCAGUGACUCCAGUGACUCCAGUGACUCCAGUGACAGUAGUAAUUCAGGUAAAGCGAAAAAGGGAAAACAGUCAGGCGGCAAGAACUGAGGGCAGGUGAGCUGGCGAGAGCCCGGCCCCCCGUGGAAAUCACCGCCGCUCCUGUGUGCAGUUGUUAAUAGUUUGUGGUCGUCGUGUUGACUAGAAGCUUUACUGUUUGCUUCAUGUCUGUCUGUGCAGGGAACCCGUGCACUCCCUGCCAACGUUGUGGAUCUUCAGUCUGUGUCAGAUGCAAUAAAUCAAUGUUGUGUGA